AUGCAGCUUCCUCUUCUUUCCCUGCCCGCCCUCAUGGGCUUCGUCUCCCUGACCGCCGCGCACAUGCAAAUGACGAACCCGGCCCCCUUCCGCUCCAAGCACAACCCCUACACCACCGACGUUGACUGGAGCAUGAACGGGCCGCUCGAGGCCAGCGGCGCCAACUUCCCCUGCAAGGGCUACCACCGCCUCCUCAACACGCCGCAGGGCCGCUCCGUCGCGACCUGGAGGGCCGGCGGCAGCUACACUUUCAGCGUCGAGGGCUCCGCGACGCACAACGGCGGCAGCUGCCAGGUCUCGCUCUCGUACGACGGCGGCAAGACGUUUACCGCCAUCCGCUCGUACGUCGGCGGCUGCCCGCUCAAGAGCACCUGGCCGUUUACGCUGCCCAACGACACGCCCGCCGGCGAGGCCCUCUUUGCGUGGUCCUGGUUCAACAACCUCGGCAACCGCGAAAUGUACAUGAAUUGCGCGCACGUCACCAUUCAGCCCCGUGACAGCGCCGCCGUCGCCGCCGACGCCGACGCCGACGCCGCGGCGAUUGAUGAGCGCAGUCCCGCUGAUCCGUUUGCCUCCCGUCCGGCCAUGUUUACUGCCAAUGUCAACAAUGGCUGCUCGACGGUCGAGACGUUUGACGUGCUCUUCCCUCAGCCAGGUCCGGAUGUCGACAACAUCUCACGCAGGACGUCGCCUCCUCGUGGCAAGUGCAACUAA